AUGGCGGAUAAGCCGUCAAAAAAUUCCGGAUCGGGGAUAAAACCCGUUCCUAUGAAAUUAUUUGCAACCUGGGAGGUUGAAAAAAGUUCCCCAAGCUGCAUUCCCAGGUUGUGUAGUUUAACAUUAAAUAGAUUGGUUGUGAACAAAGCUCUAGAAAAUGAUCUGGCUUCAGUCAUCAUUGCUGUUAAAAUGCAGAAUUCUAAGAGAGUAUUGCGAUCAAAUGAAAUUAUUGUUCCACCAGGAGGUUCGUUAGACACAGAAUUAGAUUUAUCUUUUUCUCUACAGUAUCCACAUUUUUUCAAAAGAGAUGUGAAUAAAUUGCAGAUUAUGUUACAAAGACGUAAAAAAUAUAAAAAUCGGACCAUACUAGGAUUUAAAACAUUAGCUCUAGGACAAGUGAAUAUGUCACAGGUAUUACAGAGAAGUGUAGAUAGAGAAUUAAAGUUAUAUAGUGAUAUUAAAGAAAGAACUAAUGCUGUAGCUCAUGUAUCAGUAUUAUUAUUAACUAGUCAACCUGUAGAUCAUGAAGAUAAUGGUCAUCGUAAACAGAAUUCUUCUGAUGUUGAUCGUUCACCUGAUGUUGAUAAUGAUUCUGAUGAAGAUGAAGUUCAUGAUUUUAAUGAUCAAGAAUCAUCAUCUAAUGAUGAUCUUAGUGAUGGUGAAAUUGAAGAGCGUUCUCGACGUCGCCCAAGAAAAGUCAGUCGCAGUAAAAUACGCCCAGUGACAUCAAGGCAAAGAAAUUUAAAACAAAGAUUUAUAGCUUUAUGGAAAAGAUUCAAAGUAUCAGAAGAUGCUUUAGAUUUAGAAGCUGAUCAUGAUGGAUCAUGUUUAUUAUUUCAGGCUCUAGAUUCGGAAGCAGAUCAUGAUUUAAUAGAUCAUGCUCUUGAUUCAGAAGCUGAUCAUGAUUUGAUAGAUCCUGAUAAUCCAGCAGGUGAUAUUGAUGAUUUACUAUUUGAUGAAUUAGAUGAUUUGAGUGACAGUGGACCAGAAUUAGAUACUAUGAGUGUUAUGUCGACACCUAAACCUAGACUCAGACCAUUUUUCUCUGGAAGAAGUAGCAGCAGUCAUGAAAAAGAGGUCUCAAAAUCAACAGAAUCAAGUAGACCAAGUGAUGAAUGUAUUAUAAAGAGAACAGAUUCAGAUAUGAAUGCGAGUACAAUGGCUUCUGUCAUGUUAGAUGUUCUUGAGCAUGAUGCUGAUUGUUCUGAUUCGGUUCCCAGUGAAUCGUCACCCAGACCAAGAUCACCUCUACUAAAAACACAAAACUUUAUUCGAGAGAGAUCAACAUCCUACAGGGAAAGUAAACUAAAAACUGGUUAUAACUUUGCUGACAGACGUCAUAGUGCAGGAGGGGUGGAUGACUUGAGGAGAUCUAAUGGACAGGAUAUGGUAGAGCAGGGUAUAGACUAUAAUUUGCCACGGAAAGUACUGUUAGAUCAGCUUAGUAAUGUACUAGAUACUGGUGAUGAUAAAGUACCAGAGAGUUUAAUACUAGUCAAUACAUCAGAAUGGCAAGGCCAGUUAUUAGUACAGAAACUACAAGAAAAACAAAUGAGAUUAAUUUGUACAUGUUCUAAUGCUGAUGUUAAAGCAGCUAUAACAUUUCUUGUAGCUAAAAUUCAAAAAUAUUGUAACAGUAACAGUAAACAGCCAGGUCCUAUUAAACUAGGAGUAGCUGGUAAUGAUGGUUAUAUUAACUCUGUUUUAAGACCAUACGUUGAACAAUUUUCUACCAAAUCUCCAGAUUGGCAGGCUUAUACUAAAUUUCUAGUCAUUCCAUUAGGCUCUAGUUCAAUAGGAAGACACAUAGCUAACAUAGAUCAAACAUAUUCUUCUCUAUUUAUGGAUAUGGCAUGGAAAGAUACAUUUGAACGCACAGAUUCUGCUAAAUUAGAUUCAAGUGAAAUUGUCAACAGAGUUAAUAAAUAUGUAUCAUCACAAACAGUGAUACAUCCUCUUCCUAUUGCUGAAGCUAUGGUCAUGUGUAAAGGCAAAAAUUCUGAUGAAGCUAAACAGAUAUUUAUCCCUUUUGUUAGUGAAGUGAAAAUUGGUACACCAGACACAUUUAGUAUGUCAGUUGAUAUGGAAGAAGGGGCCAACAGUCCUCCAAAUUUAUCAAGUUCUCCACCCUCAACCACACAACUAAUAGAAAAACAAAAAGAAGGUCAUACACCACCUAGUUCACCUAAUAUAGGUGCAAUGUCUCCCCCAGCUAGUCAAGUUCCCAGUUUAAGUUCCACACAAACAGAUUAUGUUGAGCUACAAGUAGAUUAUUGGACUGUAGCUAAUAGGUCAGAAGGCUUUGACAAAGAUAGAGGUAGUAAGAAAGAAACCAAUAAAUGUUCAUUAAAAACAGCAUUUAGAUCACUGAAUGUUUCUCGUCUUCCCAGUACUGGUGAUAUAACAUCUCAGACCUUCUCUAUGAUUGUAGUUACCAAAGAAAAGAAACAAAAAAUUGUAAUGAGAAUUGGAAAGAAAGGUAAAGAUAUAGAAUCUAAAAGUCAAAUUAUAGAUGGUAUAAAUCGUCUCAUCUGUACAUCUAAAAGUCAAAAUUUCACUCUCAAAGUUGUUAUUGAUAGUGUAGAAUGGACAGGAGUCAAGUUUUUUCAACUAUCAUCACAGUGGCAGACACAUAUUAAGAGUAUGCCAAUUGCUAUCUUUGGAUUUUAUGAUACAGCAUUAUGA